AUGAAAAUGACGAGACACCUAUUGACCUUGGCUGCCUUUCUCUCAUCUCUCGCGGCAUGCACUCAACCUUCUGCUCCAGCUGCUAUAGCUGCACCUAUGAGAAAAUUACCCUGGGGUCAACUAAACUUUCUACAAACAACAGAUACUCAUGGUUGGCAUGCGGGACAUCUACAAGAGGCACAGUACUCCGCGGACUGGGGUGAUUACAUAUCAUUCGCAGAGCAGAUGAAGAAGCAAGCAGAUGAUAAAGGGGUGGAUCUUUUACUGAUCGAUACCGGAGAUCGAAUUGAAGGGAACGGAUUAUACGAUGCAUCAGAUCCUAAAGGCCGUUACACAUAUGACAUUUUCAGGGAACAAGACAUCGACAUGAUCUGCACCGGGAAUCAUGAGUUAUACAAGGCAGAUGCGGCUGCACGAGAAUACGACCAAACUGUGCCAAACUUUAAAGGGAAUUAUCUUGCUUCAAAUCUCGACUAUAUAAAUUCGAGGACUGGUGAACAAAUUCAAAUGGCGAGACGUUAUCGCAAGUUCACAACAAAGAAUCAGAAGAUUAAAAUUGUGGCAUUCGGAUUUCUCUUCAAUUUCCGUGGGAAUGCCAACAAUACUGUUGUUCAGGAAGUCGAAAGAACUAUCAUGGAAGAAUGGUUUCAGCAAGCAAUUCGCGAAGAUGCUGAUUUGUUUGUAGUUAUUGGUCAUAUUACUCUGGAUGGGCCGGAAUACAAAGCUAUUUACAAAGCCUUAAGAGAACAAAAUUGGGAUACUCCAAUUCAAUUCUUCGGUGGCCAUAGCCAUAUUCGAAAUUUUGCCAAAUAUGACUCUAAGUCUUAUGGACUACAGAGUGGGCGUUAUAUGGAAACUGUUGGUUGGAUGUCCAUCGAGGGUAUCAAAAAUAACGAAAGAGAAAAGAAGUCAAAAAGGGAAGUCAAUUCUGAUGCACAGGACGUUGAAACAGAGGGACGUGCAAGCAUGUCUUUCCAAAGAAGAUAUAUUGACAACAAUCUCUUUGGCUAUCAUUUUCAUACUGGAUUAAACGACACAACAUUCCCUACGGAGCAUGGCAAGAACGUCUCUAAGUACAUCACUAAAGCCCGAAGAGCUCUGGACCUCGACCACAAUUUUGGUUGUGCCCCAAAAGAUCUCUGGAUGAGCAGAGCAAAAUAUCCCAGUAAAAACAGUCUUUUCUCCUGGCUCGGUGACGAAUUAAUGCCAGAUAUUGUAUCCCGUCCCGAUCGAAAAGACGUUUCAACAAUAGCCCUGACUAACACCGGCGCCAUGAGAUUUGACAUUUUCAAAGGCGCAUUUACAAGAGACACAACCUUUAUCAUUUCUCCAUUCAUCAGCAAAUUUCUCUACAUAAAAGACGUACCUUUGGCUGCUGCUGAAAAGGUUCUCACACUUCUCAACAGCGGUGGCAACAUAUUCUCAUCCGCAAAUCUAGAUCUGGACCAUCUCGCACCACCCGAACAAAUAUCCUACGAAUCUGAUAUACUCGCCCCCUCAAUACCCGUCUUCGAUCUCCCACCACUACCUAAAGCUCAAUCUCCUCUUCUCCCAUCUUCCCUAUCAACUCACAAGUACGACCUCAUCCCUGGCUACACCACCGAGGACGACGCUGGCUCCGAUGGCGACGACACGAUUCACACCCCCAUCACUGUUAACCGUGUACCUAAUUGUAUCGAAUCCCGCAUCAAUUUUCCUUCCACAGACUCAACUCCCGAAACUGUAGAUUUAGUCUUCAUAGAUUUCAUAAAACCAUGGGUCCUUGUCGCAUUGCGCUUUUCUGGAGCGGAAUAUACGAAUGACGAUGUAAGUAAUUAUAGAAAUGAGACUUUGACGGAAUUGAUGGCUGGAUGGAUCAAGGGGAAUUGGGGUCAGGAUUGUUAA